AUGAAUCCCAAAAUGUCCGGCCGGAGCGCGGCUACGUGUCUUGGAUUAAGAAGACUAUUUGCUAUCCUGGACACAAACGGUGACGGCAAAAUCGACUUACAGGAAUUGACCGACGGACUCCGAAUAUUCGGUUUCAAACCGGCUGGCAUACAGGUAGACGUUGCCAACUUUGUAUUACUCAACACUCCGAAGUCCGUAAAGUGA